ACUUGUGGAAUUCAGGAAGUGAUCUGGAGUUUUCUGAAUCUUGCUUUCUUACAGGUAAGAUCUGAGCUCUGCUGUCACUUUCUCUUCAUUUCACUGUCCCCCCACAGAACAGCUAACCGUGAUCAGAUCCAACAGCUUAUACUGUCUCCCUGGACUUUUCAACUUUCAAUUCCUGACAAACUCACUCCUGAUUAAAGGAACAACUCAUUUCCAUGUGGGUUAAAGGGACGAUGGCUAACCAGGGCCCCAGAUAUGGACUCAGCCGGCAAGUGCAGCAGAAGAUUGAGCAGAAGUACGACAGCGAGUUGGAGGAGCAGCUGGUGGAUUGGAUCAUGCUCCAGUGCAACGCCGAGGGUCCCGCGGGACAGCAACUGCAGCGGCCGCCCCCUGGCAAGGCCGCCUUCCACCAGUGGCUGAAGGACGGCUCAGUCCUAUGCCACCUCAUCAACAGCCUGAACCCGCCGGAGAGGCGCCCCAUCAAAAGGAUCCAGGUUUCUGAACGGGCCUUCACCCAGAUGGAACAGAUCUCCCAGUUCCUCAAGGCCAUGACGGACUAUGGACUCACUGCCACCGACCUCUUCCAGACAGUGGACUUGUGGGAAGGUGAGCUGGUCACCUCGAACAGAUGCCAAGGAUCUUCCUCGGGGCAGCCGAAUGGGGAAAUAGGAUUCGGAGGUGGCAGAAUGGUCUCCUCUUGUUCGUGGGUGCAAAAUCCGAAAUGGGCUGAAUGUAUCCUCCUGGAACACGGAGGGCUGAGUAGCCUCCUCCAGUGCUGGUGGGACAGGCUGAAGAAGGGGCUGAAUGGCCUCCUGCUGUUGCUAUGGGACAGGCGAGAGAAGGGGCUGAAUGGCCUCCUGUUGCUGUGGGACAGAUCAAUAACAGUACAAAUGACAGGAGUUUCUCUCUGUCUGUCAGCUAAAAAUUUACCAGCUGUUCAACAGUCUCUGAUGGCACUGGGAGGGAAAGCAAUCUCCAAAGACGAUGGAUAUUUUCGAGGUGACCCGAGCUGGUUCCCACGGAAAGCUGCGCAGAACCCUCGCGAUUUCACCGAGGAACAGAUGCGACAGGGUCAGACCAUCAUCGGGUUGCAGAUGGGAUCGAAUCGGGGGGCGUCUCAGGCUGGGAUGACCCCCUCAGGAUUGAGCCGGCAAAUCAUGUAACCUGGGAGGCAGCCGGAAUGAUUGAUUGGCGUGGAAACGGCUGCUGGUUCCCCACUGGGGCUUCACUAAAUAAAAUCGUGGCACGUUCA